AUGUACAGAACUGAAAUUCGAAUGGCGAGGAUGGCAAGAAAAGCUGGCAACUUCUAUGUAUCUGCAGAACCCAAAUUGGCAUUUGUCAUCAGAAUCAGAGGUAUCAAUGGCGUGAGCCCAAAGGUUCGAAAGAUGUUGCAGCUUCUUCGCCUUCGUCAAGUCUUCAAUGGAACCUUUGUGAAGCCCAACAAGGCUUCGAUUAACAUGCUGAGGAUUAUAGAGCCAUAUAUUGCAUGGGGGUGCCCCAAUCUGAAGUCAGUAAAUGAACUAAUCUACAAGCGUGGUUAUGGCAAAAUCAAUAAGAAGCAAAUUGCUUUGACAGAUAACGCCUUGAUUGCUCGAUCUCUUGGUAAAUACGGCAUCAUCUGCAUGGAGGAUCUGAUUCAUGAGAUCUAUACUGUUGGAAAACACUUCAAAGAGGCAAAUAACUUCCUGUGGCCCUUCAAAUUGUCUUCUCCACGAGGUGGAAUGAAGAAAAAGACCACCCAUUUUGUAGAAGGUGGAGAUGCUGGCAACAGGGAGGACAAGAUCAACAGGCUUGUUAGAAGAAUGAACUAAGGUGUCUACCAUGAUUAUUUUUCUAAGCUGGUUGGUUAAUAAACAGUACCUGCUCUCAAAUUGAAAAA